AUGGAUUCAUAUAUAUCUUUCAAAGAUCGUUUUUUUGUUGGACAAAGUGUGAAAGACAUUAUUAAGGGCUAUUUCACCGAAUAUGAAACACCAAAAUUAGUUGUCAUACAUAAUGCAAAAUAUGCUAUUUUACUGCGUAUUAUACAAAUUAUUAUUCUUGCUUAUUCUGUAAUAUAUUUACUUAUAUAUGAAAAAGGUUACCAAAAACUAAGUACAACAGUCGCGUCAUCAGUAACACUUAAAGUAAAAGGUAUAGGUUAUGCUUAUACAUCAGAAAAUAAAAUGAUAAUUAUUGAUGGAGCAGAUUAUAUUAUUCCACCAUCAGAAAAUAAUGCUAUUUUUAUAAUGACAAAUUUUAUUCAAACUGAUCAAAUACGAUCUACAUGUGUUGAAAAUAUAAAACUUAAAGAAGCAAGAUGUAAGCAUGAUAAGGAUUGUUUUAAUAAACCGUUUACGCCAAAUAUGAAUGGACGUUGGACCGGUCGAUGUUUAUUAUCACCAGAAGCAAAUAUUGUCAAUGGGACAACAGAUAAUACAAAAACUCCAACUGGUUUAUGUGAAUAUGCAGGUUGGUGUCCAUCAGAAGAUGACCUUUCAUGGACAAUGCUUGUUCGAGAAGUUCUCAAUUUUACAAUAUUUAUAAAAAAUUUUAUUGAAUUUCCAAUAUUUCAUGUUAAACAUAAAAAUAUGGUUGAUAAUUUAAAACAAUGUAUUUUUCACCCAAAAACUAAUAAAGAUUGUCCAAUAUUUACUAUUGAUCAUAUAAUAAAUGAAGCUGAAAAAAAUAUUACUGAACGUGAUUUAAUGUUACGUUCUGGUGGUGUUAUACGUGUUAAACUUGAUUGGGAUUGUAAUUUAGAUCGAGAUUUAAAAUUAUGUAAACCUAAAUAUUCAUUUGCUCGUCUUGAUGUACCUUUUAAUGAGAAUCCAUUUUCAAUUGGUUUUAAUUUUCGUUAUGCUACUUAUUGGAAACAGAAUCAGAAAGAUUUUCGUACAUUAACUAAAGCUUUUGGUCUUCGUUUAAUAAUAACUAUUAGUGGUAAAGCUGGAAAAUUUGAUUUUAUUACAUUAACUUUAAAUAUUGGUUCAUUAGUUGGAAUAUUUGGUUUAGCAACAUUUCUUUGUGAUAUUAUACUACUUCAUUUAUCAAAAAAAGCAUCUAUUUAUCGGGAUCGUGUCUUUGAAAUUGUUCAUUUACGAACACGUGCUAGGAGUGCAAUAGCAUUGCCAAGAACAUUUGUUCAAAAUUAUGAUGCUGAAGAUGCAAAUUCCGAAUCACAUUCAGAAACAGAAUUAUCAUAUAAAACACCUGAAACUACUCCAGUACCUCCAGGAAAAACAGUUACGAUCGGUCCAGUUUCUUUUAUUAAUCCAAUUCCAUCAUUGUGUUAA